UAUUUAGUAGUGCCAUCUUCACUCGCUACAGAAAAGAAAUACAGUACUAAAGAAUUUUAAGAAAAUAAGAAAAAAGAAAUGGCUGGCUAUCCCAAAGUUGUUGCAACUGUUUUCCUUAUGAUGAUGCUGGUUUUUGCUACUGAGAUGGGACCGAUGGUGGCUGAGGCGAGGACCUGUGAGUCGCAGAGUCACCGAUUCAAAGGACUGUGUUUCAGUAAAAGCAACUGUGCUUCUGUUUGCCAUACAGAGGGCUUUUACGGUGGCCACUGCCGUGGAUUCCGUCGCCGUUGCUUCUGCACCAGACACUGUUAAUUAACUUUACUGGAGUUUCUGUUAUGUGUACGAACAUCUUCUCGUUUCUUCUUGUGCUUGUCAUGAAAUAAGAAUCACCAUCUGAACUCAGAAACAGAAUGGUUAAUUCCGUUCUGUUUCCUGGGAGUUAAUGGUUGCUAUUACUGUUCCUGGCAACUUUUAAUUGCCAACAUUUUCAGUUACUAUUAGUACUACUAUUAUACAGUGUUGCACG